AUGGCUGACGACAAGGCCGUCGGCGCACCUGCGCUCGACACCAAUAUCGAGUCGGGCCGCUUUGAUGAAAAAAGGGCCCAGCAGCAGCAACAACAACAGCAGCAGCCAUACCACUCGGAGCAGCCUCACCAGCCCAAGAAGGCUGCCGCCGGCCAGGACGACGACGAGGAUGAGGACAUUGACGCUCUGAUCGAGGACCUAGAGUCGCAGGAUGGUCACGGCGGCAUGGAGGAGGAAGAGGAGGAAAAUACUCCGGGAGGCGGCCGUGUCAUCCCCGAGGACAUGCUCCAGACGGACAGCCGCGUUGGCCUUACCGAAUCCGAAGUCACCUCGCGCCGCCGCAAGUACGGUCUCAACCAGAUGAAGGAGGAGAAGGAGAACCUGUUCCUCAAGUUCCUGUCCUACUUUGUUGGUCCCAUUCAGUUCGUCAUGGAGGCUGCCGCUGUCCUCGCCGCCGGUCUCCAGGACUGGGUCGAUUUCGGUGUCAUUUGCGCUCUGCUGCUCCUCAACGCCUGCGUCGGGUUUGUCCAGGAAUACCAGGCCGGGUCCAUUGUCGACGAGUUGAAGAAGACGCUUGCCCUCAAGGCCGUCGUUCUUCGUGACGGCACUCUUAAGGAGAUUGAGGCGCCCGAGGUUGUCCCCGGCGAUAUCCUGCAGGUCGAGGAAGGCACCAUUAUUCCCGCCGAUGGCCGCAUCGUCACCGAGGAUGCUUUCCUGCAGGUCGACCAGUCUGCCAUUACUGGCGAGUCGCUGGCUGUUGACAAGCAUAAGAAUGACAACUGCUUCGCCUCGUCUGCCGUCAAGCGUGGGGAGGCCUUUGUAGUCGUCACCGCUACUGGUGACAACACCUUUGUUGGCCGCGCCGCCGCCCUCGUCUCGCAGUCUGCCGGUGGAACCGGUCACUUCACCGAGGUGCUCAACGGCAUCGGCACAGUCCUCUUGAUUCUCGUCGUCGUCACCCUCCUCGUCGUCUGGGUCUCGUCCUUCUACCGCUCCAAUGGCAUCGUCGAAAUCCUGCGAUUCACCCUGGCCAUCACCAUCGUCGGCGUCCCGGUCGGUCUCCCCGCCGUUGUUACCACCACCAUGGCUGUCGGAGCCGCCUACCUCGCAAAGAAGCAGGCCAUUGUCCAGAAGCUGUCCGCCAUUGAGUCCCUGGCCGGUGUCGAAAUUCUGUGCUCGGACAAGACGGGUACCCUGACCAAGAACAAGCUCUCUCUGUCUGAGCCCUUCACUGUCCCCGGCGUCGACCCCGAUGACCUGAUGCUCACGGCCUGCUUGGCCGCCUCCCGCAAGAAGAAGGGUAUCGAUGCCAUCGACAAGGCUUUCCUCAAGGCCCUCAAGUACUACCCCCGCGCCAAGGGAGUCCUGUCCAAGUACAAGGUUCUCGACUUCCACCCCUUCGAUCCCGUCUCGAAGAAGGUCCAGGCCGUUGUCCAGUCCCCGCAGGGCGAGCGCAUCAUCUGCGUCAAGGGUGCCCCUUUGUUCGUUCUCAAGACGGUCGAGGAGGAUCACCCCAUCCCCGAGGAGAUUGACAAGGCCUACAAGAACUGCGUCGCCGAGUUCGCCACUCGUGGUUUCCGUUCGCUCGGUGUUGCCCGCAAGCGUGGCGAGGGUGCAUGGGAGAUCCUCGGCAUCAUGCCCUGCUCUGAUCCCCCGCGUCACGACACUGCCCGCACCAUCAACGAGGCCAAGAACCUGGGUCUUUCCAUCAAGAUGUUGACUGGUGACGCCGUUGGCAUCGCCCGUGAAACGUCGCGUCAGCUCGGCCUCGGCACCAACGUCUAUAACGCUGAGCGUCUGGGUCUCGGCGGCGGCGGUGACAUGCCUGGUUCCGAGGUUUACGAUUUCGUCGAGGCUGCCGAUGGGUUCGCCGAGGUCUUCCCCCAGCACAAGUACUCCGUUGUCGAGAUUCUGCAGCAGCGAGGCUACCUGGUUGCCAUGACUGGUGAUGGUGUCAACGACGCUCCCUCCCUGAAGAAGGCCGACACCGGUAUUGCCGUCGAAGGUUCCUCGGACGCCGCGCGUUCCGCCGCCGACAUUGUCUUUCUUGCGCCUGGUCUUGGUGCCAUUAUUGAUGCCCUCAAGACCUCUCGCCAGAUUUUCCACCGCAUGUACGCCUACGUCGUCUACCGUAUCGCCCUGUCUCUGCACAUGGAGAUCUUCCUCGGUCUCUGGAUCGCCAUCCUCAACAACAGCUUGCAAAUCGAGCUCGUCGUCUUCGUCGCCAUUUUCGCUGACAUUGCCACCCUGGCCAUUGCCUACGACAACGCUCCCUUCUCGCAGACCCCCGUCAAGUGGAACCUUCCCAAGCUCUGGGGCAUGUCUGUCCUGCUCGGCUGUGUCCUGGCCAUUGGCACAUGGAUUGCCUUGACGACUAUGUUUGCCGGUGGCACCAACGGCGGUAUCAUCCAGAACUUUGGUAACAUUGACGAGGUUCUCUUCCUCGAGAUCUCCCUGACGGAGAACUGGCUCAUCUUCAUCACCCGUGCCAAUGGCCCCUUCUGGUCAUCGAUCCCCUCUUGGCAGCUCACGGGUGCCAUCCUGGUUGUUGACAUCAUUGCCACCCUCUUCUGUAUCUUCGGUUGGUUCGAGAACGGCCAGCAGACCAGCAUCGUUGCCGUCGUCCGCAUCUGGAUCUUCUCUUUCGGCAUCUUCUCCGUCAUGGGUGGUCUGUACUACCUGAUGCAAGGGUCUGCCGGCUUUGACAACCUGAUGCAUGGCAAGUCGCCCAAGCGGAACCAGAAGCAGCGAUCGCUGGAAGACUUUGUUGUCUCCCUCCAACGUGUCUCUACUCAGCACGAGAAGUCACAGUAA